UUGCUCACUUGCCAUAUUUGUUCAAAUUCCUAUGAAAAUCCGAAAAUUCUCUCAUGUUGGCAUUCAUUCUGUCUGAAAUGUUUGGAGGAAUACAUUCCCGAAAAUAGCCUAAGUCUUGUGUGCCCACUUUGCUUCGUUUCCUCUGUUUUGCCGGCUUCUGGU